AUGUCCACUUCACAGCUCCGAUUUCGUCGGAAGAUCGGCAACGCGAUGUAUGGCGAGGUCCUCGAGUGCGAACUACACCCGUCGAAGGCGAACUUCCCAGCGCUCCCCUUUGGUAAACGACGUAUUGUCGCUGUCAAGUGCAUGUCACUCUCUCGUGCGCUUGACGUCCAGAAUCGAUGUGGAGCAUCUCGUAUUAUGGAUGAUCCAAUCCAGGAAAGUCGUGUCGCUGACCUUCUAGCCAAGAACGGGGGCCACCGCAACGUGGUUGCUUCCUACUUCCAUUUCCAGGAGAACCGAUGCCUCUAUCUCGUUGGAGAAUUCUGUACAGACGGAGACCUCUACACGCACCUCGCUAGCACCACUGGGAGCGGAGCAAUGGACGAACGGCAGACUAUCAACACCAUGAGACAGAUCUUCAGUGGAGUCGACUACCUGCAUCGAGUACUCAGCAUCGCACACCGAGAUCUCUCACUCGAGAACGUGUUGAUCAACCAGGGCGAGUGCAAGAUCUCGGACUUUGGAUUGUCCGUGGAUACAAAGACUCGGUGUACUGAGCGGGUUGGCAAAGAAUACUACAUGGCCCCAGAGGUUGUGGCAGGGGAAGCAUAUGACCCAGUCAAGGCAGAUAUUUGGUCGCUGGGCAUCAUGUGGUUCAUCUUGUUGACUGGCUCGCCGCUUAUCCCGAUCGCAUCGCGGAAAGAAGCUUCCUUUCUAGCGUUUAAGCGCAGUGGCGUAGUACCAGUCUUCAAGUCUUGGGGAGUGAAGGCCUCGUCAUACACUAUGAAUCUUGUGGAUCGCAUGCUCAAAGUCAAUCCAAGCGAACGCAUUUCGCUCGAAGUACUUGUUGCAGAACUAAACUGCUAG